GUGUUUAUGCUUCGUGUUGCUAACGUGUGCUGUUGAACUGGGGGCGCUGCGCAUGCGUUUCUGCGUUUCUAAUCGAAUUAUUUUCAUGUUUCUUUUUUGCUACAAAUCUCAAAAGUGAUUAAACUAAGGCUUCCAGAGCAAAAGCGAAAAAAAAUCCAAUAAGAAAUUUAAAUAAAAAUAUUUCUAAAAGAAAAUCUGUGUGUUUAGAAAAUAAAAACCCCCAAAGCCUAUCUCUCCAAUUGUGAAGAGUUAACAAAAUAACCCCAAAAUAAAUAUGCAAAGCCAAGAUUAAUGAUUCUCUUCGCUCACACCCAUUUAACAAAAAAGUGCUUGUGUUGAAUUAGAAAAAAAAAAAAUAAUAAUAAAAUAAUAAUAAUACAAUAUUUUGUGCGCUUGAACAUCAUGGCCCCUAAUGAUGAGUUUUGUGUGUGAAAAACGGCAAAUGUCCAUUGAAAAUUUCGCCAAUAUUUCUGAAAAUCUGGGAUUUACUUAAUGAUCUUCAACAUCAUUAUCAUCUUUACCAUUACCGUUUUUUUCAUCGCCUCCUGCACCCAUAACUCAUAAGAGGAUUAUUUUGGAAUUUCGUAAAGAAGCAUGAUUACCCACCACUAUUACCUGCCGAUAAGUAAUCCCUAUACGAAUACCAUCAUGUUAUUACAAUUCCUGAUAUUAAUAAUCACUUCGGCAUGUUUACAUUAUCCUACGGAGGCGUCGUUAAAGCCCCACCAUAAACAGCAGCUACCAAAAGAUGGAACAGAUUAUGACCACUUGGAGAAUGAUUCGCGAUUCAUAUCAUACAAAGAUUUAAUGGUAACAGCAAAACGGUUUGCAGAACCUGAUACCGCAUCAUACUCUGAGUUGUUAGUGGAUGUAGCAAGAAAUCAAAUAAUUGUGGGGGCAAGAGAUACUUUAUAUCGCAUGUCCUUCGAUUUGGAUGUGCUUGAACGUUCCGACUGGGAGGCAAUACCAACCCAGAUUUCUAUGUGCCAGGCAAAAGGCCAAUCGGAGCAAGUGUGUCGCAACUAUGUGCGAGUUCUGCAAACGUUUGGUGAGAAUCAGCUGUACGCGUGUGGGACGAAUGCCUUCAAUCCGAAUUGUACAUGGCGCCAGAUGGAAAACCUCACAGUCACUGGCUAUGACAACGGUGUGGGAAAAUGCCCCUUCAAUCCCAAAUCGAAUAUAACUAGUCUGAUGACGGACAAUGGCAAAAUGUUUGUGGGCACUGCAACUGACUUUUCGGGUGGUGAUGGCGCCAUUUUGAAGUCUGAAGUCAUACAGAAUGCGCCCAAUUAUAAUAAAGUUAUACGUACCAAACAGUACAACAACAAUUGGCUAUACAAUCCCCAAUUUGUGGGCAGCUUCGAGGCUGGCAACUUUGUGUAUUUCCUGUUCCGGGAACCAGCCAUGGAGUAUAUCAAUUGUGGCAAGGCUAUUUAUUCCCGCAUUGCUCGUGUUUGUAAAAAUGAUCCUGGUGGUGACCAAAUCUUGCGCGAUAAUUGGACUUCAUUUUUGAAAGCGCGCCUAAAUUGUUCCCUGCCUGGAGAGUAUCCUUUUUACUUUGAUGAAAUUCAGCAUAUGGUAUAUUCCUAUGAGGAAGAUAUACUCUAUGCCACUUUUACCACACCAGACAAUAGCAUACAUGGCUCUGCGGUUUGUGCCUACAAUCUAAGCGACAUCAAUGCAGCCUUUGAUGGACCCUUUAAGCAUCAGGAACAUAUUGAUUAUGCCUGGCGUGAGGUUCAUCCCCAACACAGCAGUCAAUUCAAAUGUCACAUGCCUUCGGCUAAUACCCGCUCCAAACACUUGUUGGAGUCUUCCAAAUACCAGCUCAUGGAUCGUGCAGUGCAACCCUUGACACAGACUCCUCUAUAUCACGCUCAAUUGGAAAGAUUUUCCCAUAUUGCCUUGGAUGUGGUCUUAAGCAAAACCGAGAAGAUCAAUAUGCUCUUCAUCAAUACAGACCGAAAUGUCAUUAAAAAGUUGUCUCUGAAACAUGGAGUUGCUGGGGUGCCUACCCAAACUUGUUUGGUGGAAAUGUGGAAGACCGAAGAUCAAAAGAUUCUCAAUAUGAAAUACCUUAAAGUCACCGACUCCCUGUAUGUGGGUUCAGAGAAUUCGCUGACUCGUAUACCCGCCCAACACUGUAGUCGUCAUGUUUCACGCAUCUCCUGUCUCAAUGCCAUGGAUCCCUAUUGCGGCUGGAAUGAGUUGGUGGACAAGUGCACUCCUCAAUAUCUACGCGAGCAUAUGACCAAGUACUGGCAACAGCCAGAAGAGUUUAGCUGUCCCGUGCUUACAGCCCCCAUAGAUGGCGCUUGGUCAACCUGGUCGGACUGGUACAAAUGCUCCAAGAGUGCAGAGGAAGACGGUGAUUGCUUGUGCCGCAACCGUGUGUGCAAUAAUCCUCGUCCCCAAAAUGGAGGCAAAGAUUGUGAAGGCAUAACCACCGAGGUUACCAAUUGCACGGUACAUGGCGACUGGACCGAUUGGUCGGCCUGGUCUUCCUGCUCCCAGACUUGUGGCAUCGCUGUGAAAACACGUAGACGUACCUGUAGCAAUCCCAAGCCUGCAUUUGGCGGUCGCACCUGUGUGGGUCCCGAGAGAGCCGAAAUGUAUUGCAGCAAUUUACCUCCCUGCCCUUUGCCCAAACAGGCUGCUGUCGAUGGUGGCUGGGGUCCUUGGGGUGAGUGGAGCGAAUGCAGUCACUUGUGUGAUGGUGGCUUUCGCAUACGCCGGCGUGAGUGCAAUGAUCCCAAGCCUCAAAAUGGCGGCAUGGAAUGCCCCGGCUGCAAUAUCGAAUAUGAAGACUGCAACAUGCAAAGUUGCCCCGAGGUUAGGAAACUUAGCGGCUGGACUCCUUGGCUUAUACAACAGAACCGCACCGAUGAGGCUGAGGGUGUGACUGUGCUCACAGAGAAACGUUUUCGCUUCUCUUGUCGUGCCAAUACCCCCGAUGCCUCCACCAUGCAUAUUGGAGUGGCCAAAACGGAAAAUCGCAUUUGUCGCGAUGGCAUUUGCCAUAGACUGGGUGAAGCUAAUUCCGCCUCUGAACCGGAACCGGAAUACAGUGAAUGGGGCCCUUGCAAUGUUACCUGUGGUGGUGGAGUACAACAUCGCCAUCUCGAGGGAAGCUCUGGCAGCAGCGGUAAACAUCGCGGUAAACAUACCCAAAGUCGUUCUUGCAACAUGCAUCCUUGCCACGAAUUACCUGCUAGUUUCAAUGAAGUAGUUGCGGCACAUGAAUGGAGCUGUUGGUCUGACUGGUCUCCUUGUUCGGUGACUUGUGGUGUGGGUCUGAAGCGGCGCACUCGCAAAUGUUUAGGUGGUCAUGAUAAAUUAUGCAAUGGCCGAGCCAUAGAUGAGGAGAAAUGUGAAAUGAAACCUUGCGAAGAUUUUAUUGGCUGGAGUACUUGGUCCAAAUGGUCAGAUUGCACUACGGAUGGUAUACGCUUUAGGCAUCGCAAAUGUCUAGUGGAAGAUCCCAGUGUGACGGAAUGUCGUGGUGAAGAAUUUGAAAAAACUGCUUGUGUGCCAGGAGAAUGUGAAGGUGCACAAAUGGCUUCCACAGCAACGGUAGUCUCCAUAAUAUCCAUAGUGAUAUUAUUAUAUGCCAUCACCAUAUUUAUGACAUUCUGGAUGACAAGACGCCAUUAUAGACCUGCGGCGCCUAUAUUGAAGAAUAAUACACCCUCGCCGACAUCAUAUGAUACAUAUCCCAAUCAGUAUUCCAGCUUGCCAACCAAAGAUAUUUACGAUGUGCGCCCCAAAGUGAAACGACAAUCAAGUUUCAAUAUGAGCUCUUCGCCCACUUCGAAAAAUUUCAAUACAGGCACCUUAAAUCGCAAUAACAUAAAUCACAAUCACACACCCAAAGUAUUGGCCAAGACCUUUAAUGAUUGUGAAACGGGUACCCUGAAAAGGACCUCAAAUGCCUUGAAUAAUUAUCGUUCCAAUAUCGAUGAUGAGAAAUUUUGAAGUAGAAAUGCCAAAAUGGAGGAACUAUAACAGAAAAGUAGGUGAUUACAACAUUACACCUCCUUAGCCUAUCAUGGAGAUUGGUGUUCGAAAACAGAGGAAAGUCAAGGAUCAAAGAUGCUGCUGCUGCUGGAUGGCAGAAAUAUACUAAACAAAAAAAAAAAAAAAACCGUCUUCUAUCAGAUUCGGAUUUAGUUACUCAGAUGGACUUUUCUUAGUGCUAGCACAAGGACUUAUCUUAGUGCUAGCACUUCUAAGGGAAAUUGCAUUUUCUUUGUCAGCCUUAACAUUUGGAGAUUUCCUCUUUCCUGUGUGCAUUUUUUUUUAAAUUAUUAAUGCCAAGCACAAAAUUGUAAUGAUUAAAAGGAAGAAUAAAGAUGUUACGAAGAAAGGUUGCCAAAAAAACAAAGUUUGAAAUUUUCACAAAUUAAUGACAACUUUAUCAUUGGAGAAAAUUUCAUGAACAACUUUUCAAUGAUGAACAUUUCAAGGUCCUCAAAAAAAAAAAAUUCGCUUCAUAUAUUCAUAUUGCUAGAAAAAUUUUCAUUUCGUUCGUACUGAAGCCUUUCGUUGCUAGAUCAAUUCAAUUACAAUUAUUAGCUAAUUUAUAACAAAUUUGGUCACUUUCAAUAAAAAAUAUUUAUUAUUAUUUGUUGAUCCAAAAAUAUAAAUAAAACAAAAAUUUUAAACGAAAAAUAUUUCUUUUAUCACAACAAUUUUUUUUUUUCCAAAACAAAAAUAAUGGUUGUUGUUAAAACGAAACAUUGUUGAUUGACCUUUUUCUAUUUAAUCAUUUCAUUUUUGUUUUUCUGAUUCAUUAUUUUGUAUUGUGUAUCCAAUGAGUGUAUCAUACUGUGCCAUUAUUUAAGCCAGCCUAAGUUAAGUUGUAACGAACGAAUUACGAUCGUUAAAUGUGUAAAGAAAAAAUUUGGCUAUUAUUAGCUCAUAUUGAGCUGUUAUUUUUUAAUUUAAUUUAGUAUAAGUGUACGAUUAAAAGCAUUUAUUUAUAAUUAAGCUAAUAUAUGUAAAUAUAUACGUAGGCAAAUAUGUAAGUCGCAAUAGAAAUUAAAAGAUCUGAAAAUAUAAAAAGAAAACUAGAAACAAAAUUUUAAAGAGGCACUGGUCAUUUCGUUAUACAUGAAGCAGAAUAUCUGGGGAAGACACUUUACUCCUAAUCUGAUUGAUACCUAAGCUUACUAAGCAAAAAGUCAAAUAUCACUUAAGAGUUUCAUGGACAACAUGGUUUGUACUGAGAUAACAAUAUAUUGGGUUGCCCAAAAAGUAAUUGCGGAUUUUUUAGAAGAAAGUAAAUGCAUUUUUGAUAAAACUUAGACUGAACUUUAAUCAAAUAUACUUUUUUUACACUUCUUUUCUAAAGCAAGCUAAAAGUAACAGCUGAUAACUGACAGAAGAAAGAAUGCAAUUACAGAGUCACAAGCUGUGAAAAAAUUUGUCAACGCCGACUAUAUGAAAAAUCCGCAAUUACUUUUUGGGCAACGCAAUAAUUAUGCCCACCACUAUAGGAUAGGGGGAAUAUUCAUUUUAUCCAUCCGACACAUCGAAAUAUCCAUUUCCGACCCUACAAAGUAUAUAUAAAUAUUUCUGAUCGUCGCAAAAUUCUAAGACGAUUUAACAAUGUCCGUGUGUCUGUCCGUCCGUCUGUUGUAAUCACCCUACAGCCACUAAGGAACAGAGGCAAACUUCUCACAUACCAAUGAGUGCAGUUCGAUUCAAGUUUAAUCUCAAUAAUAAGGUGCCUCCUUUUUCUAGCCAAGUCCGAACGGCGUGCCGCAGUGCGACACCUCUUUGGAGAGAAGUUUUACAUGGCAUAGUACCUCACAAAUGUCACCAGCAUUAGGAGGGGAAAACAACCGCUGAAAAUUUUUUCUGAUGGUCUCGCCAGGAUUUGAACCCAGGCGUUCAGCGUUAUAGGUGGGCAUGCAAACCUCUGCGCUACGGUGGCCUCCCCUAUCCUAUGGCGGUGGGUAUGCAAAUGCAAAUUUUGCCCAUAAACAUACCACUUAGAAACAAGGGCAAACUUCUCACCUAUCAAUGAGUGCAGUUCGAUUCAAGUUUAAGCUCAAUGAUAAGGUGCCUCCUUUUUCUAGCCAAGUUCGAACGGCGUGCCGCAGUGCGACACCUCUUUGGAGAGAAGUUUUACCUGGCAUAGUACCUCACAAAUGUUGCCAGCAUUAGAAGGGGGAGAACAACCGCUGAAAAUUUUUUCUGAUGGUCUCGCCAGGGUUCGAACCCAGGCGUUCAGCGUCAAAGGCGGACAUGCAAACCUCUGCGCUACGGUGGCCUCCCCUAUCCUAUGGCGGUGGGUAUGCAAAUGCAAAUUUUGCCCAUGAACAUACCACUUAGAAACAAGGGCAAACUUCUCACCUAUCAAUGAGUGCAGUUCGAUUCAAGUUUAAGCUCAAUGAUAAGGUGCCUCCUUUUUCUAGCCAAGUCCGAACGGCGUGCCGCAGUGCGACACCUCUUUUGAGAGAAGUUUUACAUGGCAUAUUACCUCAAAAAUGUUGCCAGCAUUAGAAGGGGGAGAACAUCCGCUGAAAAUUUUUUCUGAUGGUCUCGCCAGGAUUCGAACCCAGGCAUAUGUCUUUUUGCUGCACGCAGGUUAAGUUCUUGAACGGGCCAAAUCGGGCUAUGUAUAGAUAUAGUUGUCAUAUAGACCGAUCUUCAGACCGUAAAAGCCGUAUUUUUUAACCGAUUUCGCUUAAAUUUGAAACAGUAUGAAACCGAAGAUGGCCCAUAUCGGACCAUAUUUACUCAUAGGGUCUUAAGCUCGUAACUGGCGCAUUUAUUAUCCGAUUUCGCUGAAAUUUGAAACAGUGAGUUAAUUAAAGCCUUCCGAUAUCCGACUCAAAUAUGGUUCAGAUCGUUCUGUAUUCAGAUAUAUCUGCCAUAUAGAGCGAUCUACCGAUUGUGGGUAUUGAGUAAAGCCGGCAAAAUAUCACUGCCACUAUCGAUAUAUCAUUAUACCCACCACCGAAGGAUGGGGGUAUAUUAAUUUUGUCGUUCCGUUUGCAACACAUUGAAAUAUCCAUUUCCGACACUAUAAAGUAUAUAUAUUCUUGAUCAGCGUAAAAAUCUAAGACGAUCUCGGCAUGUCCGUUCGUCUGUCGGUCCGUCUGUCUGUUGAAAUCACGCUACAGUCUUUAAAAAUAAAGAUAUUGAGUUGAAACUUUGCACAGAUUCUUUGUUUGUCCCAUAUAGACAGAUCCGCCAAUUUAGGGUCUUAGGCCCAUAAAAGCCAAAUUUAUUAACCGAUUUUGCCGAAAUUUGCCUUCGACAUCUAUCUUUAAAUUGGCCCAGAUCGGUCCAGGUUUAAAUAUAGCUGCCACAUAGACCGAUCUCUUGAUUUAAGGUCUUGCACCCAUAAAAGUUGUAUUUAUUGUUCGAUGUCGCCGAAACUUGGGGCAGUGAGUUGUGUUAGGCCCUUCGAUAUCCUUCAUCAAUUUGGCCUAGGACGGUCCAGGUUUAAAUAUAGCUGCCAUAUAGACCGAUCUCUUGAUUUAAGGUCUUGCACCCAUAAAAUUCGUAUUUAUUGUCUGAUGUCGCCGUAACUUGGGGCAGUGAGUUGUGUUAGGCCCUUCGA